UUUUGACAGUUCGAAGCGCACUUUUUGUAUAUUUUUUUAAGCAACCUAUCGAGUUCUUGGCUGUAUAGCUUUUUUUGUACUUCUAUUCUGGACCAAGUUAUAAUGUUUGCGUGUUUUACGUUUUUGCUCCGGAUUUUCUAACAAUUAAGAUACGGGACUGAACAUGGAAAAUGCUCAAGAACGCGAUUUUCACAGAAGUUUGGAGCCUGACGUGAUCAUUAAUCAUGAACUCAGUGAAGACGAAGAAGAAGUGACUUGCGUGAAGAGCAGGGACGUGCACUCGGCGUCGAAUAAUGGCCAUCCCAAGACGGUGCAACCAGACAUAUCCAUAAUUCCGAUAAGUAGAAAGCCUCAGAUCAAAAUAAAGCUGUUCAAGAAGGAGUAUUCCCCCUCGAAGGACGACACGAAAGUACAAAGCAUCUCUCGAUCUCCGCGUCAAACGGUAAGACUGGUAUCAAAAGACGAAGCAGAGCGUGCUGGCGACACGUACACCCGACGCAAAUCGCUCCCUUUAGAAAAGUGUCACAUUUGCAAAAAAUUCUUCCGUCGAAUGAAAACGCAUUUGCUAAAACACGAGCAGACCAAUCGAAACCCCAACGAUCCACUCACUUGUACGUUUUGCAUGAAGGGUUUCAACACUCAGAGCAACUUACUCAUCCAUAUGAGGACUCACACCGGUGAUAAGCCUUACGUGUGCGAGGUUUGUCAUAAAGGGUUCGCCCAGUCCUGCAAUUUGGUCAAUCACGUGAGGAUACAUACGGGGGAAAGACCGUUCAAGUGUCCUCACUGUGACAGGGCGUUUACCCAAUCGGGGAAUCUCAACAAUCAUAUAAGACUUCAUACAGAUGAGAAGCCGUUCAAGUGUCAUUUUUGCGACAAAGCGUUCGUCCAAUCCGGAAAUCUCAAUUCGCAUAUUAGAAACAAUCACAAGUUUGUUGAUGAUGGCGCGAAUGAGUCUGGUAGUGAAAAAGUAGAAGAAUAUAAAUGCUAGCUUAGGUUCAGAGAUGAUGACUUGAUUAAAGAGGAAACGCCAUGAACUAAGUGAGGGUUUGCUCAGGUGGGUUAAAAGUAUAUCAGUUUUUCGGCUAAUCGUCUUGCAUUGUUUGGCAACAAGUUGCGCAAAUUUGCUUUAUUCUUGACCUGACAAAAAAUAUAAUUAUCUGCCUCAAGACAUGACAAACAAAAUUAUCUCUGCGAUUGCCUAACGUUUUUAUUUCAGUUAUUAUUAGCCGAUGACUAAUUUUAUUUAUUCGUAAAGGCCUUUCAAACAUACAUUUACCUAAAGGAAAAAUAUUGUUACUUGAAAGUAUGCAAAUAGGGAUGAAAGCCGCCAAUCACCUAUUUAAUUCUUACGACCCACCUUUAUACAGAGUGUUUCAAUUUUAUUUUCAGAAGUGCAGUGUUCGUACUUGUGACAAGAGUAGCUCAAGGAAAUUAAUUUUAUAAAUUUCUAUUUUAUUUUGGAAACCUAUUACAAGAAAUAACAAAUAAAUAGUGGACACAUUGUUUAUAAAUAAAAUACAUAAUAACACUGUUAUGUCAUACUGGAAAACAAUAUAAACAAAACAUUGUGUCCUUUGCCACAGUUAAUUUUAUUUCAAUUAAUUUAAAAGGGGUUUGUAAAUAUUUGUAGUAAAUACAAAAAUAAUAAAAAUUGUAUGUAUAAACGGAUGUAGGGAUCUAGAAAUAUAAUUCUAUGGUUAGUAACUUGUAGGUUUGAGCCUCCAUAAGAAAUAAUUGGGAAUGGUUGUAAUUAUUUUAUUUUUUAGUGCAUUAUGAUUUUUACGUACUGAAUUGCAAUAUUCUAAAAAUCUAGUCAAAAUAUUGGAGCGUUGGGCCACAUUUUCUUUUAUUUUGUUUUUGGACGUAGCCAGAAGCAACACACUUGUGCGAAAUAAUUGAAACAUUCUGUAAUAACAUCAUUAGGUGCUAUGAAGUUUCCUAGACAGAUUUUGCCAUAUUCAAGCUCAAAGAAGAGUUAACGCAACAGUUUUAAUAUUUAGUCAAGUCACUAUCACGUAAUACUCAUUGCUUUCAUGAUAUUCGUAUUUUUGUAGUUACUCUAUAUUAUAUCAUUUUUUUAUACUAUAUAUACUUACAUAAAUUUAUACUUAUAAGACUUAGUUUUUACAACAAAGUCUGUAAUCAUCGGAUUGUUUUAGUGAUUUUAAAAGACUAAUUGGAUGAGACUGUAAGUUUGCAUAGUAUGUCGCUGUCAUUAUUAGUUCAGAACGAAAAACACGGCGGUAACAGCAAGGAGAGGAUCUGAAUAGGAGAAAAUACGCUUAGGACUGGCGCCUACUAUGCAAGUUUUUUUAGAUUAUAAUCGUGCAAUAACUAAAGAUUUAUUUGGCCAAAUUAUUGAUCUCGGAAAGUGUAUUUAUUUAUCGUCAAUCAUCGAUCAUGUAUCCUCAUCAAUCUUCUGACUUCCAUUCGAUAGAUUUGUAGUUUCAGUUUGAUUGUCCCAAGUGUACAAUAUGUUCCUUACACUUAACUAAUACAAAUUUGUACUGUAUUUUGCAUGUCACUGUAGUUUUAUAUAUAAAACAAAUAAAUAUGCAAGAAAUAA